AUGAUCAUGGCAUUCAAGGACGAUGACAGUUCUGGAUUUGGAAGCAUCAAAAGACUAUUCCACACUGAAAAGGUCGAUAUAAGUGAUCUAAAUGCUGGGGAUCAUGAUACCAUUCAGAGCAAUCCAUACGAUCAUCUCAACGAGGCAGCUACAUCGCAUAAUAUUCCUCAGGAGAGCCAAGGGUGGUGGAAGAGAAAUGUCAAGAAAAUCAGAGAGACAAACGGUCAGACAAAAAGAUAUGUUCAAUUGCCAGAAUCGGCUCCACUGAUCUUCCCAUAUCUGGAUGCAGCGAUAGAGCAAAAUGUGGAGGCACCACAAGGAUUCACAAAGAAGAUGGAUGUUGCAGGCGACUGGGUCCAAGAUUACAUGGACAGGAAAGCCCAUGCAAAUCUGGUACAUUCCUCUCAAUCAGUCCCACAUUACAAAAUCACUAACGAUUCACAAGGAGCGUGA